CAUAUUCCCACGUUGUCCACAACACCUGAACGCACCAGUAUCAACGUCGAUCAAACGGGCGUGCAUGAACUGCGCAUGUGCAUGACCGAGCUGUAUCGGAAGCACAAAUCGGGCUUAACCAGGGGAUUCACAUCAACAAAAACGAAAAUAAAAGAGUCAUGUCAGGUUUUCUGGACGGAAUCCGGUGCGGAGACUGCGAGUGCAAUGUGGACUGGGGGGAGAGAAGAAACGCCAUCGCUUCUGUAGCUGCUGGAGUUCUGUUCUUCACUGGUUGGUGGAUCAUCAUUGAUGCAGCAGUGAAAUAUCCUGAAGAGGGGGAGUUUCAUCAUGCCUACCACACCUGUGGAGUCAUCGCUACAGUGGCCUUUCUCAUGAUCAAUGCUGUUUCCAACGGCCAGGUGAGAGGGGACAGCUAUAGUGAAGGCUGCAUCGGACAGACAGGCGCUCGAGUUUGGCUCUUCAUCGGCUUCAUGCUGGCGUUUGGCUCCCUCAUCGCCUCUAUGUGGAUCCUGUUCGGAGGAUUCGUAGUGCCUCAAAAGCCUGUCGUGUACCCCGGUAUCGCCAUCUUCUUCCAAAACGCGUUCAUUUUCUUCGGGGGUUUGGUCUUCAAGUUUGGCCGUACAGAGGACCUGUGGCAGUAAUGGACUCUGUGUGUCUUUGUGUCCACUGUUUAUACACUCUGUUUUCUCUAUUGUAUAAGACAAUAUGCUUUAGUGGUUAUUCACUUUAUAUACAAACUUUUUUAGCUUUCAAAUUAACUUGUUUAAUUUAUAUUGUUUGCUGUAUAAUGGAACAUCUUUAAAUGUGUCUAUUUGCACUCAACUGUGUAGCCAUGUUUGUUCUAAUGGUGUACAGCUUGUGUAUAACAACGUGUGUUUCUUGGGAGCUUUAUUUCUCUGAACUGUCCACAUUUAGUUUGGGUAUACUUACUUUUAACAUCUUUUGAGUGGACACAGCAUACAUUAUUAUGGUACAAACCAUCAUUGAGGGCAAUAUUUCAUAACACUGUACACAUUUACUGAAUGUAACCAUAUGGGUUGUUUUUGACUGCAACGCCUACCUAUUUGCUUGUGUAACAUCAAAACCAUGAGGUGUGUUUCUUACAACUGUGGCAGCAUUAAACAGCAACAUACCGUGCAGAAACCAA